UCCAGAACACAAGGAAUUUCAAUUACAGUUUUGUUUAUGCUGCUGUCCAAGAAAACUAGCUAGCCUUGUUUUUUCCUUUAUAUUGCUGUCAGGUUCUUUGUGAAUGAACAACAAUCACAACGUUUAUUGCCAAGUACAAAUUCAGCGAAAAGCCGGACUCGAAUUCUCUGAUAUUGGUUUACAGCAGUCUUUCAACAUGGGAAUAUCUCAACAGAACAAAAACCUUCAGCCUACAAAGCCAUCAACACCAAUUCUAAGCAGAUUCGAAUCACCACCGGUCUCAGCUUUUUACGGGACGGAAUGGUUCAUGGAGUUUCCACAGUAUAUGAAUACUUGUGCACAGACUCAUUCUUCAAAUUACUCUUCAAGGGAAAGUUCUUUUAUUGAAUCGACAGAACAAGCUCAACUGCAAAGUAAGGACACCUUGCAAUCAUUUGUCAAGUGUCACUGCUAUGGUCAUCAGAACAAAAACUGCUCUCAGAAAUCAAGUAAAAUUCCUUACAGGAACAUUAAUCCAGGGGACAAGUUUCUUCAAUUUCAACGUGGUCGUUUGCUUGAAGGCGAUGCAUCUGUAACUGGCAAGCAAUUAACAGUUCCAUCAGAAGGAUUUCAGGCCAAUAUAGUUCCGUGUAGUUCAAGUGGUUAUUCAUUUGCGCGACCGGGUUUCUCUUCUCAGCAAGAGAAGAAAUCUCCAAGCUUUUCAUCUUCUCCACAUAAAACCCGGAUAAGAUGGACUCAAGAUCUUCAUCAGAAGUUUGUGGCGUCCGUAAAUUGCCUUGGGGGCGCUGAGAAGGCAACACCAAAGGCUAUACUGAAGCAGAUGGACACUGAUGGAUUGACAAUCUUUCAUGUGAAGAGUCAUUUGCAGAAAUAUCGAACUGCAAAAUACAUGCUGGAUUCCACAGAAGGGAAAUCCGAGAAAACGAGGAGUACGAAUGAUUCACUUAAGCUUGACGUGAAAAGUGGAUUGCAAAUCAAAGAGGCCUUGCAGCUUCAAGUAGAUGUCCAAAGGCAACUUCAUGAACAACUAGAGGUUCAGAGAAAUCUGCAGUUGCGGAUUGAGGAACAAGGCAGAAAGCUGCAGAUGAUGUUCGAGCUGCAACAUAAACAGAAGAGCCUGUUGAGUGCUCAAGAUUCAGACAUUGUGUCGUCGCCGGCCGAUCUGCCAUUUAGCAUUCAAGAUGAUGAGGUUUCAGUUGUAAAAGGUUCUCAAAACACUCAGUUCCCGUCGAAGAUAAGCUAGCUUCUCCAGCAGUUGAUCCAUUUCUGUUCAUAUAAGCAUUCAUCAGGAAAUGCAGAGAUAUCUAGCAAAUACUACAAGAAGAAGAAGAAGCAAAUGCAUCACUUGGUUUAAUACAUUAGUGUCAAUUUUGCAACAUAAACUUUUGUGUUUCAUUGUGGUCUCCAGUAAAAUUGUAAAUGAGAAUUUUAUCAUCUUUGGGACUGGAUUUAAACUUUGUUGAUGUGCGUGGAGGCGUGGUUUUCUCUGAAGGUAUUGUCCGUUAUAAGGUAUCUCUUUGGACAU